GCUACAAACGUCACUUGCUUCACCAGUUGAGGCAAACAUACACAGUAAAUAACAACAGCGGCAAAAGUGAUUGGAACCUCAGCGAAAUUUGUUUGAUUUUUUCAAGUUUAAAAUACUUCAUCGGCAUUUUUUAAAAUUCGGUAUUGGUUUAAAUUGGACGUUGUUUCAUUCAAAUCAUUCAAAAUGUAUUCAUUAUUGCACAAACAAGAAUUCGCUCAUGACGAGAGCAUUUGGUGUGUGGCUUGGGGUCGAACUCGAACCGGUGACGGUGAAAAAUCCGAUGCGGAAAUGAAAGAAGGCGACGAAGAUACAAAAGAGAAAUCAAACGAAGGUGAAUUGAAUGAUUUCAUUGUGACUGGCAGUUUGGAUGAUACAGUCAAGAUUUGGGAUGUGAAAGGUGAUCGUUUUGAUUUGCAGCAACAGCUUAGUGGUCAUUCGUUGGGUGUCGUUUCGGUUGCAGUCAGCAGCGAUGGAAAAACAAUUGCAAGCAGUUCUCUUGACUCUGGUUUGUGUAUUUGGAAAACUGAAACAGGACAAAUGUUGAAUCAAGCCGCACUCGGUCCAGUCGAUCUGUGGACGGUGGCAUUCUCACCUGAUGACAAAUACGUUAUUUCUGGCUCACACGAGGGAAAAAUCUCCCUGUAUGACGUUGAAACCGCUAAACCCGAACAAGUUUUGGAUCCACAAAACGGAAAAUUCACCUUGAGCAUUGCAUAUAGUCCCGAUGGAAAAUACAUCGCCAGUGGUGCUAUUGAUGGAAUCAUCAAUAUCUUUGAUGUGGCAGCUGGAAAAGUGGCCCAAACACUUGAAGGUCACGCUAUGUCCGUGCGUAGUUUGUGCUUCUCGCCCGAUUCUCAGAUGCUUUUGACGGCUUCCGACGACGGUCACAUGAAACUUUAUGAUGUUGUACAUUCUGACAUAGCUGCUACGUUAUCUGGUCAUGCAUCAUGGGUGUUGAGUGUGUCAUUCUCGGAAGAUGGAAAGCACUUUACCUCAUCGUCCAGUGACAAAACCGUCAAAAUUUGGGAUGUUGCCGAGCGAAAAUGUGUGCACACAUUCAACGAACAUUUGGAUCAAGUGUGGGGCGUAAAAUACAGUCCAGAUAGCAACAAAGUGGUCUCAGUUUCAGAAGAUCGAAGCAUUAACCUAUACGACUGCCCAGCAAAUAUCGUUUAAACAAACCAAUAAAAAUUAUUAAGUCUUAUGUACAACAUUUUCACUAAA